AUGGGGGAUUCAGAUGCGACCCAGAACAAUUUUCUAUUGCACUCCGUAGUUAAUUAAAGUAGGAUUAAUGAGAGCAUCAAUUAAAUUAAUUUAUUUGACUUGAUGAAUGAGUUUAAUCCAGGACCUGCAAUUAAAAAACUAUGGUUAAAGAUCAAGAUUUUAUAGAUGAAUUGGAACUAUUUUUGGAUCAAUUAGAUUAACCCAAAAAAGGUAAAAAUUCAUAGAAGAAUCAAUUAUUAUUUUUGA